UAGUGUCUCACACUGGCUCAAGCAGCAAACUCUGCUCUCUAAGACUGCUCUGUCUUGGUAGUUUUACAUUCCCUUCGAUGGAAUUUGAUGUUUUUAAAAACAGCUUUUCUUUAAAUGUAACGAAUUUCUAAAGAAAGAAACAGGUUUCUUGUGAACUGCGCGCAACAAGUUGAACAGCACAGAGAGGCUUUGGAAAGAGGACUUUCUUUGAGCAACUUUCCUAAAAAAAGUAUUCUUGGACAUUGGCAUUCGGGCUUUGUUUCGGCAAAAGCUGUGCUGAAGAAAUUCGCAGUGUAUCGAUUCUGCCCGAUACUUAUGAAACGUAUUUCCUCUGCGCACGCUCAUCUCCAAACGAAGACUUCGGCUGCGUACGUAUUUUAACUUAUAGCCAACUGUUUUUUAUUUCGUUGAAUAUGGAUCUUCGUCCAGAGAUGCAGUCCUCCGCCCAAUCAGGGUCGCAGAUUCAUCCAAGUGCUAGCGUCUCCAUACCGGUUUCCAUGGCGAGUAGCCUCUUAAGGGCCCCGCCGCUGUUGCUUCGUGCUACGGAGAAGUAUCCACGAACGCCCAAGUGCGCCCGGUGCAGGAAUCACGGUGUCGUAUCCGCUCUUAAGGGGCAUAAGCGCUACUGCAGAUGGAAGGACUGCAUGUGUGCCAAAUGCACUCUGAUCGCUGAGAGACAGCGCGUCAUGGCAGCUCAGGUUGCGCUCCGCAGGCAGCAGGCUCAGGAGGAGAACGAGGCGAGAGAACUGCAACUGCUCUACGGGACAGCAGAGGGUCUGGCCCUAGCAGCUGCCAACGGAAUCAUACCUCCCCGACAAAACUAUGAGAUAUUUGGCUCAGUUAGCAACGAAACCAACACUGGAGAAUCAAACAUCCAAAAGUUCGAGUUGUUCCCAAAGACAACUUUACCAGGAUCGGUGACUACACAGCAGGCGAUGGGAAAGACAGUAUCCACAGACAAUGAAUCUGUUCCUGGAAUUUCAUCUCCAGAUUUGCGCCACGGCUCCGGUUCGGAAAACGGUGACCGAGAAUCCAUUGUGAGUUCCCCGAUCGCCAAACCUCUGAAAGACGGAGAGGAGACGCCAGGGUCAAUCAGUCCACUAGGCUCAGACUCUGGCUCGGAUACGGAUAAAGACGAGCAGGAGCCCUCGCCAUCCUCUACAGCUUCACGACAGAUGAACGCCAUCGAUAUUUUAACGAGGGUCUUCCCCAACCACAAGCGCAGUGUCCUGGAGCUUGUACUUCAGGGAUGCGGCAAAGAUGUGGUGCAGGCCAUAGAGCAAAUCCUCAACAACAGCGGCCAAGCCAAGGGCCCAGAUGAGUCCUGGACGGCGGAGAGGAUGCUUCACAGCGCACAGCCGACUAUAUCUUCCACCCCGAGGCCUAUGUUACCUGGAACCAUGACGCUCAGCAAUAGGUCGGCCUUCUCCCCUCUGCAACCCAAUGGUCCACACUUUGGUGCCGAUCCCAGCACCUAUCCUCUCAGUACGCAUUUGGGCCUGAACCCACUGCGGCUGGCAUACUCGGCUCACAGCAGAGGUCUUGCCUUCAUGGCUCCUUACUCCACCACAGGUCUGAUGCCAACAUUGGGCUUCAGGCCGCCAAUGGACUACGCCUUCAGUGAUCUGAUCAGAGACAGGACUCUCUUGCAUAAAGAUCAGAGCUACAGCAAUGGACUGUACGGUCCCCUGGUCAACAACACUCAAGAGAAGCAGUGAGGGUCUAUGGAAUAAAAAAGACAAUAGGGGGAAGUGUUUCCCAAUUAUAGACAAAAGUGUUCCAUGUCUUUAAAGAAUCUUGGGCCUAAAGAUUCCACGUUCAACGUCCCCAAGACUCGUGGGCCUUGUGGUUCUUCAUAGGGCAUUUCUGUACAUAAAAUAUGUCUAGUUUAGCCGCCAGAAAAAAAAACUUAACACGGACUAACGGUUGACACGUGUUUGGUGGUCGUGGACUCUUUGAAGUUUGUGAUUAAUCAAAAAGAAAAUGGUUAUGCGUAAAGGUUAUAGUUUUUACCCAUCUUACAGUUAGUUGGUGAAGAUUACUGACAAUGCAGAGGUGAAUUUUAGACCUUUAGCAGGGUAACCGUAGUAUAUUCCUGUGAAUCGUGUAUUUUAAAAUUCAUCACGUUUCUUAUAAUCCAUUUAGACUGUUUACUAAACGGAUUAAGCCCCUGUGUGAUACUAGUGCAAUUCCUAGAAUAACUUGCUUCAUCGUUUAAAAGGGACUAUUCUAGAAUUAUUGUUAUUGUGGAAUUUCUAUCAUUUCGUCUUUUCUGCUCCGUCUGUAAAAUUGUGCCAUGUUCAUUCAACAGAACGCUGAUGUCCAAGUUAUUCUGAUUCAAUAUGGUAACUGGCUCAAGCAAACAUUUGUAUUCCUUUUGUGAGUGAAAUAUUGUGUUACACAGCGAAAUAAAAUAUAUUGCAUAUCUUGAUGAUAAAGUCAUAUUUGUCAAAGUCAUUUUCUUAAAAAAAAAAAAAAAAAAAACUCAAAAGGAAUAAAAAAAUGUAAGAUGUAUAACGAGUGGUUGAAUGAAAUCUUGCUGAUGCCG